CAAACCUAGGAGUAUAAAUGAGGCUCUUAUAUUAAUUUUUUUUCUAUAUUUCUGAAGAUUUCAGGCUUUGUAAGUCUACAGUUUGCAAUGGAUCUCAAAGGUCUUUGCUUUGUGGCAUUUGCCCUAAUGUUAGGGUUCUCCAGUUCAGUUGGUGAAUAUGUUGGCUUAUCUGGUAAUCAAUGUGCCAUCCCAGCCAGUGAAAGAGUAGAUUGUGGCUAUCCUGAAGUUACUGCAGAACAAUGCAAUAACAGAGGGUGUUGCUUUGAUUCCAGUAUCCCUGAAGUACCGUGGUGCUUCAAACCUCUCCAAGAAGCAGAAUGCACAUUUUAAUAUGAAGACAUCUUCUCCUGGAUAUCAUCAGACAAAUCAGUAAUCAAAUCUUUGUACCUUGUAAAAUGUUCUCAGAUGAUUAUUGAAUUUUCUAAUCUAAUAUCAGUUUUUGAUUCAGAGAACUUUAGUAUAAAAGGUUUAUGUUGAAUUUGUAAAGAGUAUGUCUUAAAGAUUAAAAUGGCAUACUUAGCAUAAAAACAUUUGUUUAUUACUUAGAGGCUUUCUUUCUUAAAAAGCAGUUAUAGUCUUUCACACAGAUUUUUUAAAAGAGUUUGCGGGGAUUGUGCAAUUGUAAUUUUGAACAGAAUGCUACCACUGAAGUUUUAUGGUAAAGACAUAUAGGAAAGAUUGUUUCCCCCCCUUUUUUGGUUCUUUUAAUUCUUGUUUUCAUGUUUGUGCAUUUAAUAUGGAUUUUAAUUUUGUAAAUGGACUAAUUCCCUUUUUGGAAGCAUAAAGGAAUAGAAACAAUAAGUAAAUCACAAUAACUUACAUGGACAAUUGUGUCAAGAUAUUUUGAAUAUAUUCACAUCCAUAUGUGAACCACUUGUAUGGUUAAGAAAAGAGUCAAUAUCUUUGACCAUUCAGCAUGUAAGACCAUUAAGACUAUCCACACAGGAUGACCAUCACAAUAAGUAAGACCAUUAAGAAUGUAAUUUAAUGUUUUC